CCCCCGUCCCACUCGGUGACACGGGCCCCACAGGUUUGACAUGGUCCCGUGGACGACACUCUGAUGGACAAGUGUAAAAGUAUUUUUUCAGCCGACAACAAUACGAGCCGGUCCGUACAGCAGGUUUACAUCCUGUUGGCUCCACUUCACUGUCACUCCGACGGCUGGGAAUUCUUUCCGCUCCGCACUUCCUCGUCCUGGUGAUACGGUAAACACAAAAGGUAAAGGCUGCCGUUCCUCCUGGGGAUUUCAAAAUAAAAGAGCCAGACCGUAUUUGAAUUUCAAAGCCUCGUCUGUGAAUUCAUCACGGACUGAGUUACUGCUGUGGCCUUCAGGUCCCGUCAGUCUCACCGGAAUCUCCGGCACCGUAUGUGGCUCACUGUUCACUGCACAAUGACUCAAUGAAAAGUGGAGGGGAGAGGCAGGCCCACUGUACCCCUGAGAGAGGGGAGAGAGAGAGAGAGAGGCAGAGAGAGAGAGAGCAGGGAGCACACAGGAGAGUGGAAGGCAGAGAGGAGAAGGAAGCCGUGAAGCCGCGGACAACAGAAAGAGGAGGAUAUACUUGUCGUCUCCCCCCCCCUCCUCUCAUUCUCUCUCUCAAAGGCCACUCUGGGAUCAAGUGGCAGUCGUUCAGUUCCAGCUCAGCUCCACCAGUGGUCUCUCAGUGGUCCGGCCUCCAGCACCUGCAGGGUUGUGGACUUCCGCGGGACGACAGGAAUGCCUGCUGGGACAGUGUCUGGGUCGGGGGCCACAGUAGCGCACGCCUCCAGCUGGGCUCUUCAGACCGGGACGUGGAGGAUGCUGGCGUGGAGUGCGGGCGUGCGGCUGCAGCGCUGCUGCUGCUGUCAGCUGGCGGAUGCGCGGAGGCGUGUCCGGCGCCGUGCACCUGCCUGGGCAGCACGGUGGACUGUCACAACCUGGGCAUCCACGCUGUUCCCAAGAACAUCCCCAAGGCUGCGGAGAGACUUGAUCUGAAUGGAAACAACCUGACCAUCAUCACCAAGACAGACUUCUCUGGACUGAAACACCUCAGAGUCCUUCAUCUGAUGGAGAACCAAAUUGUCAACAUCGAGAGAGGAGCUUUUGACGAUCUGAGGGAGCUGGAACGACUUCGUCUCAACAAGAACCGCCUGAACCACAUCCCUGAGCUGCUGUUUCAGAAGAACGAGGCUCUGGCUCGACUGGAUCUGAGUGAAAAUGUCAUCCAGGCUGUUCCACGCAGAGCAUUCAGAGGAGCCACAGAACUGAAAAAUCUUCAGCUGGACAAGAACCACAUCAGCUGCAUCGAGGAGGGAGCGUUCAGGGCGCUGCGUUCUCUGGAAGUGCUUACUCUGAACAACAACAACAUCAGCAGCAUUCCCGUCUCCAGUUUCAACCACAUGCCCAAGCUCCGCACCUUUCGUCUCCACGCUAACUCCCUGCGCUGUGACUGUCAUCUGGCCUGGUUGUCUCCGUGGUUACGGCAGCGGCCGGCGUUGGGCCUCUUCACCCAGUGCAGUUCUCCUCCCAAACUGAGGGGUCUCAACCUGGCCGAGCUGCGCAAGACUGACUUUUCGUGCUCAGGAAACGGCGGCAGUGCCUUCGUCCAGCCCUGCAGCCUGGCGUCUGGAUCCUGUCCUCCGAUGUGUUCCUGCAGCAACAACAUUGUGGACUGUAGGGGGCGGGGCCUGACUGCAAUCCCCGCCCACCUUCCUGAGGCCAUGACUGAGAUCCGUCUGGAGCAGAAUGGCAUCAAGUCAGUUCCUCCAGGUGCCUUCACCUCCUACAAGAAGCUUCGUCGAAUAGACCUGAGCAACAACCAGAUCUCUGACAUCGCUCCGGACGCUUUCCACGGCCUCAAAGCUCUGAAUUCACUGGUUCUGUACGGUAACAAGAUCACUGAGCUGCCCAGUGGAGUCUUUGAUGGUCUGGCCUCACUGGAGCUGCUGCUCCUGAACGCCAACAAAAUCCACUGCAUCCGAGCGACCGUGUUCAAGGACCUGGAGAACCUGGCUCUGCUGUCGCUCUACGACAACAAGCUCCAGAGUUUGGCCAAAGGCACCUUCAGCUCCCUGCUCAGCAUCCAGACGCUCCACCUGGCCCAGAACCCUUUCGUCUGCGACUGUAACGUCAAGUGGCUGGCCGACUUCCUGCGCUCCAACCCCAUAGAGACCAGCGGGGCGCGCUGUGCCAGUCCACGCCGCCUCGCGAACAAGCGCAUCGCACAGAUCAAAAGCAGCAAAUAUAGGCCGCACGCCAAAGAACAGUAUUACAUCCCAGGCUCCGAGGACCGGCGGUUGAGCUACGAGUGUAACAGUAAGCCCGUCUGUCCCGCCAAAUGUCGCUGCGAGGCCAACGUGGUCGACUGCUCCAACCUCAGACUCACCACGUUCCCAGAACACCUGCCGUCCUCCACUGAAGAGCUGCGUCUCAACAACAACGACCUCUCCGUCCUGGAGGCCACCGGAGCCUUCAAGGGUCUGACGCAGCUGAAGAAAAUUAAUUUGAGCAACAACAAAAUCUCCGACAUCGAGGACGGAGCUUUUGACGGAGCCUCCUCGGCGGUGGAGCUCCACCUCACAGCCAAUCACCUGGAGUCUGUGAGGGGCAGCAUGUUCAGGGGCAUGGAGGGACUACGGAUGCUGAUGCUGCGGAACAACAAGAUCAGCUGUAUCCACAACAGCAGCUUCACAGGACUGACCAACGUCAGGCUGCUGUCACUGUACGACAACCAGCUGAGAACCAUCCUGCCCGGAGCCUUCGACACGCUGCCCAACCUGUCCACUCGGAACCUGCUGGCCAAUCCCUUCAACUGCGACUGUCGUCUGUCCUGGUUCGGUGUUUGGCUCCGGAGUCGACACAUCGUCACAGGGAAUCCUCGCUGCCAGGGUCCGGCUUUUCUCCGAGAGAUCCCACUGCAGGAUGUGGCGGUGCCCGACUUCCGCUGCGAGGAUGGAUCGGUACUGGAGGACAGCAGCUGUGCUGCAGGGACUCAGUGUCCGAGUCAGUGCACCUGCGUGGACACGGUGGUUCGCUGCAGUAACAAACACCUACAGGCUCUUCCCAGAGGACUGCCGCGAAAUGUCACAGAGCUAUACCUGGAUGGAAACCAGUUCACCAGUGUCCCUAAAGAACUGGCCACCUUCAGAUAUCUGCAGCUGGUAGACUUGAGCAACAAUAAAAUCAGUUCCCUGUCGGACGACUCCUUCUCCAACAUGGUACAGCUCACCACGCUGAUCCUCAGUUACAACUCCCUCCGCUGUAUCCCUCCACUGGCUCUGGGCGGCCUGCGCUCACUAAGACUUCUCUCUCUCCAUGGCAACGACAUCUCUGAGCUUCAGCAGGGCAUCUUCAACGACGUGGCCUCCCUGUCUCACCUUGCCAUCGGAGCCAACCCUCUGUACUGUGACUGCCGUCUGCUCUGGCUCUCAGACUGGGUGAAGAGCGGCUACAAGGAGCCCGGCAUCGCCCGCUGCGCGGGGCCCCGCGGCAUGGAGGGCAAACUGCUGCUGACCACGCCGGCUGAUGAGGUUCCGUGGGACGCAGCCGUCCAGUCCAAAUGUAGUCCGUGUGUGUCCUCUCCCUGUCAGAACCAGGGCGUCUGUCAACCUCAUCACACACAGCUGUACACCUGUAGCUGCAGGACUGGGAACAGAGGUAAACACUGUGAGACGCCCGUGGACGCCUGUGUCAGUAAUCCCUGCACCAACGGAGGAACGUGUCUGAGUGACGAGCAGACCGCAGGGUUCAGCUGCGCGUGUGCGUAUGGUUUCCACGGCAUGUUCUGCGAAGUGAAUGUGGACGACUGUCCGGACCACGGGUGCGAGAAUGGCGCCACCUGUGUGGAUGGAGUCGGGAACUACACCUGCUUAUGCCCUCCAAACUACACAGGUCUGCUGUGUGAAGAGGAGGAGGGGGCGUGUUCCCCCGGGAGGAACCCCUGUAAGCACCAGUCUACCUGCAUCAGCAGUCCUGCAGGGCCCAGGUGUGUGUGUAUCCCUGGCUGGGUGGGGCCCAACUGUGGCAUAGAUUACAACGAGUGUGUGGACCACCGCUGUCAGAAUGGAGCCCGGUGUGUGGACCACCUGGACGGCUACAGCUGCGUCUGUCCACAGGGAUACAGCGGACAGUUCUGUGAAGCAGCCGUCUCUCCUCCGUCACCCUGCCAGCUGGCUCGCUGUCAGAACGACGCCACCUGUGUGGAGAAGUCAGGCGUAGCGGUGUGUCAGUGUCCUCCAGGGUUUGAGGGUCAGAGCUGUGAGAAGCUGGUCAGUGUCAACUUUGUGGACAGAGACUCUUACGUUCAGCUUCAGGAUGUCAAGAACUGGCCUCAGGCCAACAUCACGCUGCAGGUGUCGACAGCUGAAGACAACGGAAUCCUCCUCUACAACGGAGACGACGAGCCAAUCGCUGUGGAGCUUCAUCAGGGUCACGUCAGGGUCACCUACGAUCCUGGGAACCAGGCAACUACUGCUAUCUACAGCACUGAGACCGUGAACGACGGGCGAUUCCACACAGUCGAGCUGCUGACCUUUAACCACAUGGUGAACCUGUCAGUGGACGGAGGAGAACCCACCAACCAGGAGGCCCCCCUGUUUUUUGGAGGUAUGCCAGAGGAGGUGCUGCCCUCGUCUGUGGGCGCCUCCUCCCAGACCGUCAACAUGUCCAGUUUCCACGGCUGCAUCAGAAACCUGUACAUCAACCACGAGCUGCAGGAUUUCACCCGCAGCCACAUGAAGACCGGCGUGGUGCCCGGCUGCCAGGCCUGCCUGAAGAUCCGCUGCCUCCACGGCGUCUGCCAUCCUGACACCGCACAGUGUCGCUGUCACACAGGCUGGACGGGUCAGCAGUGCGACCAGCCAAUCACAGGAGGCCUCGCUGGGACGGACGUCGUCACCACAGCAACAGGUGUCGACCCCUGUGCGGGCAGCAAGUGCAUCAACGGCAUCUGUGUGACGCUGGACGCACAGUCGUACCGCUGCAACUGCAAGGAGGGAUACUACGGUACUCUGUGCAACCUGCAGGGGGAGCCCGCGGGGUCCUGUCAGGGAUUGCCGUGCACGAACGGCCAGUGUCAGCAGACACAGGACGGGCUGCGCUGCUUGUGUGAGCCGGGGUACACAGGGGAAAGCUGUGAAGUAGCGUCUCCUUGUCGUGGAGAGCCAAUGAGAGACUUCCACCGUGUACAGCGUGGGACCGCCCAGUGCCAGACCUCCAAGACCUUCUCCUGGGUCGAAUGUCGCGGCGGUUGCCAGGCGGACGCCGGGCCUGGCGUGUCCGCCGCUGCCCCCUGCUGCGCUCCUCUGAGGCUGCGACGUCGGCGGCUGACGUUUGAAUGUGACGACGGGACGUCGUUUACGCAGGACGUGGAGAAACCCGUGGAAUGCGGCUGCAAGGAGUGUGCGUAGCACUGUGAACGGUACACACGCACGCAGUUUCCCAAACACAGGAAAAGGUACACACACAGUUACCGUGGAGAGGACGUUGUCUGUGUUUGUCUUGUUGUGUGUUCACGGCGCUCGGACGCAGAUUCUGUAGCAUCGCGCUCGCAGGUCUUUCCCCCGUUUUUUCACCGUCAUCGUAAAAUCCUCCUCAUCUGCUGCUGGAUAACCGUCACUAACUACCUUCACCAGCUGCUUGUUAACACCGUGUGUGUGUGUAUGGGUGUGUGUGUGUGUGUGUGUGUAUAUAGACUGUAUACCUACCGUGUCUCCAGUUACUGCAGCAAACAAGUACAAGUACAAGCUACGUGUGUAGUACACGGUUCACAGUUGUACCAUCACUUCUAAUAAUGAGUAGCGGUCUUUACCUCAGCCCAGUCAGGUGUCUGCAGCGUGUUUGUGUUUUUUUUUGUCGACCAAAGUUUAUCUCCAGCCAAUCAGAAGACCAACAGAAAAACAAACGACUGAUUAAACCUCAGCGUGGACUCAGACCGUCCGUUCCCGCCGUUUCUCUUUCUGUUGUCACAGAUUUGAGACGUGAGGCUCGGCGUCAGUACAGAGUGAGAACAUAGACCUGUGUCUGCAGACAUUUGUUGGUUUCUCUUUGUUCUCCCAGAUAAAAACUGUACGGUUCAACGUUGGCUGCGUUCAGGUUUUUAAAUCCGUCCUUUCUGUUUGUCACUCAGACCUAAUGACAUCGUACGUCAACGCAGUAGAGAACAGUUUUCAACGUGUACUUUUACAGAGUAAAGACUGGAUUAAAGUAAAGACGGACGUUUAAAAAGAGAGAAGACAGGAAGUUAGCGUUUAGCAUUUAGCCACAGGGGAGGUAACAGUUUAAGGCCACGUAGAAGAAGAAAAAGUCGACUUUUAGGAGUUUGAUCGGUCGUUACGUCAGUAUUUUCCCGUCGGUCUCUGUCGCCAGUUUUAGCUCCGCGUGACGUCAGUUUAUCAAAUGGACGUCAAUCAAAUCUGGACAGAAGUAAAUGACACACGUAAGAAGGAGAGUGAACGUGAGUGGGCAGCGGAUGUGAUUGACAGCUCAGUGUGGUGCCAUGGCAACAAGACGUUACAGGUGUUGACCAUCACAGUGCCCUUUGACCUACUUGGGAACCCAUAACUUUUUUGCAGCUAAAUUAACAUAAACAUAAACAUAUUUUAAAAAAAAAGAAAUCCAAAAAGUUCCAAAAGAUUGACAAAUAUUUGUUCCACAUCAUUUCAGUUCAGGUUACUUUCAUGAUACUGUCACGAUAUAAAGUUUUGUAUUUUUUAUU